UCCAUCCCUUAGACGUUCAUCACUCUAAGCGCGGUACUGCAUCAUCCAAUAUGGCUGAAGAGGAGACUCUGGUAUCGCGUCGGCCGAAGAGAAGUACGGCAGGGAACAGGAUGGAGGCCGCCCUCGCUGAGCUUGCCGUCGAGGAAGUCAACGAAGCUGAGGAAGACGUCGACUUUGUCAAUGAAAAAGACGAGGAAGAUGUCUUUGAAUCAGAUUUCGCGAGCACGGACGAGGAGGCAGCUGAAGAUGUUGAUACCGGAGAAAAGGCUGUGGAGGAUGAGCAAAGGAGAGCGAGGAGGAGCGCGCGCGUAAGGGUGGAGAAAGCUAACGCCGCUGCUCAUGCUCGCCAGAGGGUCACUUUUCAUCCCCAAACGGGGACUUCAGAGAAGAGAUCUAACAAGGAGGCUCAGAAGCUCAAGAGACGUGUAUCUCUUGGUAUCGCAGUUAACGCAGAGACAGGAGAAGUCAUCGAGGGUGGUACGAGGCAACGGCAGAGUCAGAGAUCACAUACAAUCAUGAAUACGUCGGCGACCGUCAACAGAAUGAAGGAUGCAGAGGAGAGGCGGGCUACCAUUCCGAAGAAAGCAAGAGUAGUCACAAAGGCACCGACACAGGAUGAACUUAUCGCGCGUGCCCUCGACACGGAGGAGGGAAAUAUUAUUGAGCAUCGAGAUUACCUCAAACUGGAAGAAGAAAAACGCGCGCGUGCUCGUGUGGUUCGAACUGCCCUCAAAGGUCCGGUGUUGCGAUGGAUUAGCCGGAAAGAACAAGUGAAAGUCGAAGUCACACCUCCGGUGCCUGCUCCAUAUCCAUCACAGUACGGUUUCAUCUACAAUCCACAUCAAGGGACUUCGUACUCCGGGACACAAAAUUACCAGUCCCCCUUCCGUGCAUACGUUCCAGCGCCGGAAGGUUCGCCCGCGGCAUCACAAGGCUUGGCUGCCACAUCACAACCGCAGUCGUCAAUACCAUCUGCGAAUACACCAUCUCAAUCAUCAUAUUAUUACUAUCCCGUGCAGCCCCCACCAGCUCCGCCUCUAACGCAAGAAAGAGUUGACGACGUUUGCAAGAACUACGUCGUGCAUGAGCUAUCGCAAGAUCCAUCUGCAGCUAAACCGCAAUGGAAAGAUACCAUGUCAGCUAUGUUUGGCGACGAGGUCAAAUGGGAUGAAGUCCGUGUGUUCACAGGGAAACAACGCCCAUUGAGUCGACCUGUUCGAGCUUGCCCGAUCACUGGGACACCUGCGAAGUAUUUAGAUCCGCGAACAAACGUGCCCUUUGCGAACGUUGCCGCAUUCAAAACUCUGACCAGAAUUUUGUCUCACGACUAUGUUUGGAGCGAGGCAUUGGGGUGCUAUGUUACUCGCCAUGAAGAGCUUAACCAUGAUGUUGAUGAGCCUAUGAACGGCACCACGACAAAAUGCAGAAGAGUGGAUGAUCAAGAUAGGUAAACCAAGAGGGUUAACUGCUCAUAUCACUGCACUUGAUACGACUCAAGCCGUUCGACGAGAACAAGACUUCUCAUUGACAACCCGUCUACUAUCUCAACAGUUGUGUACCAGGGGGUUAUCUGCGGCACGCUGUUAGCUGUAGUGACAUUUGGCUGGUGACCAGCUCGUCUAUGAGGCAAGCUGUCGAUAGACGUAAUCAGCGAGGUUUCUUUGCAUGUACGAGCUGUCAGUUUCGUGCUGUCAGAGUCCUCCGGGCAUUGAGCUGGAGGUUACGGCUUGCCCUAAACUUCCGUCAAUACGAGUGCCUGUCACUAGUGCCCGUUGAUUCAAUAUAUAUAAUACAUCUGAUCGAGAAAG